GUCACGUCACGCCGCAUCAAGAUUGACCUGGUUUAAAUCCACACCCAAGCCAGCUUUGCAUUCAUUGAAAAGUGCAUAGCCGACGCAUACAGUAUCUUCUCGUGAAAAUUUUACCCGAACUGUCCGAUUAUGGCUAACUACAUUCAUGUACCAGAGGGUGCGCCCGCUGUACCUAAAUUAGAUGUCACUGUAGACGAACACGAUUUCAGAACCGGGGCGUUGAAACUCAUCAAGGAGCUGAGACCCAACUGGAAACCGUCAGAGGUCAAAAUGAAGUCCUUCACUGACGGAAUAACCAACAAGCUGAUUGGUUGCUACUUGGGCGGGGCGAUGAAGGACGUAGUGCUGGUGCGCAUCUAUGGCAACAAGACGGAGCUGUUUGUGGACCGCGAGAACGAGGUGAAGAGCUUCCGGGUGCUGCAGGCGAACCGCUGCGCUCCGCAGCUCUACUGCACCUUCAACAACGGCCUCUGCUACGAGUUCUUAGAAGGAACCGCACUAGAACCCGAACACAUACGCAGUGCAGGGUUAUUCCGGCUAAUAGCACGGCAGCUAGCGAAGUACCACGCCAUCCAUGCACACAAUGGCUGGGUCCCGCAGUCUGACCUCUGGCUCAAGAUGGGCAAGUACUUCUCCCUGGUGCCCACUCACUUCCAGGACCCAGUCCAGAACCUUAGGUUGAGCCGUGAGGUACCGAGCGCCCGCUGCCUGCAGGAGGAGAUGCUGUGGCUGAAGCAGAGUCUCUCUGGGCUGGGCUCCCCCGUGGUCCUCUGUCACAACGACCUGCUCUGUAAGAACAUCAUCUACAACCAGACAGGAGGCAAUGUCAAGUUCAUUGACUACGAGUACGCAGGCUACAACUACCAGGCCUACGACAUCGGAAAUCACUUCAACGAAUUUGCAGGUCUGAGUGACGUGGACUACAGCCUGUAUCCUGGGCGAUGCCUGCAGCUGCAGUGGCUCCGAGCCUACCUGGAGGCCUACAAGGAGCACAAGGGUCAGGACGGCCUUGUGACCGACACCGAAGUGGAGGUGCUUUACGUGCAGGUCAACCGUUUCGCUCUGGCGUCCCAUUUCUUCUGGGGCCUCUGGGCGCUCAUUCAAGCCCAGUACUCCACCAUUGACUUUGACUUCCUGGGAUAUGCUGUUCUUCGCUUCAGCCAGUACUUUAAGAUGAAGCCAGAAGUGAUGGCCCUGAACUUUCCAGAAUAAAUCCGAAGGCCACUGUGGCCUCUCCCCCAGAGUGCUGCGCCCUCUGAAGAACAGCUCCCCCUAGUGGACACCAUGGCCAACUGCAUCAUAGCCCUACCACUGGUCUCAACACACCUAUAACAUCACCACUGACAACCCUCUAGAUAAAAAAAAGAGAAAUGAAAACACAAGAGGCGAGUGGAGGAAGUUAGUGUAAAUGUUUACACCAUUAUAAAGCUUAUUUGUCGCACUCCCUCUCGUAGUCACACACUCCAGACAUUUCUCAGAUUAUAAACACACUGUACAGAACCACUAAACUGAACUGACAUGCACACACGCACACACACACACACACACACACACACACACACACACACACACACACACACAGUUUAAAGAAUUGACCAGUAGGCGCCCCGUUAUAAAGGGCACAAAGAGAACCGGCCUGAACCCCCUACAGACCUUACUAACAUCUUCGCUUCCGGUUCCGUCACGCCCCAGCGCCUGACACCGAACCAACAUCGAAUACGCUCUCACUGGACCACGAAACUCAGCCAAGCCAACUGGACCAACUGGACUCCCUCUCCCCCCCCCCCCCCCCCCCCCACCCUCUCUGAAACAGCUACACCUGUUUCUCACUUCGUUUGGCCUUUUCUAACCCUAUGUACUUCUACACUGAUGAGUUAUAGAUGAUGUAUAACAAGACUUUUGGGGUUUGGGCCAAUGACCACUAGUUUUGUGAGUUUUGUGAACAAACUCCACCUUAGUUCUGUAUGUUUACACGCGUCCGUGAGAAGGGAUUGGCGUCCAGCAAGCAGCUAUCUGUUAGCGGCGUGAGUGCUAGCGAUGUUAACGUGUGUUACCGUAAAGUGGAAAGGGCAGAUACAGCUGCAGUGGCCUACACGUCUGCGUUCACAGAAAGACAAGGAGAUUGUGGGACGCUAUGGUUGUCUGUUACUGCGGUGAUGGGAUAUGUGUCAUUUGUUUUCGAUUGUUUGUUGUUUUUUUUGUUUUGUCUUACUGUGCUGUAUAUGUUUAAAUGCAGUCAAGGUGUCGUGCAUUCAUUAGAGACCAAUGGCUUGCAGAAGAUAAUAUUUCUGUUUUUAUUUCACUUUCUUUGAGAAGGGUCUUUUUGUCAUUUCUUAUUGAUGUCAAGGACCUGGCGAGUCACUGUGAUUCUCAGAAACUAAACGGUUUUGGGUUUUGUAGUUUUUUUUUGGUCACAUUUCUCAUCUUUCCCACCCUCCUCUUUUCUUUUCGGCUGCUUUCUUGUUUUCACGGUGCUGAGGUGAAGAGUUAAGGCGAUGGUACCAGUGGAAACAUUUUGAACAGUGUUACUGGCCAGUCACAUGACCGGAUCCUGGUGUUCUGAUUGGACGGCAGACACAAGCUGCCCUACUGACAAUUAAGGAUCCUCAGAUUGAAAAAAGAACAAAAGAGUUGUUUCCCCAAAUCAAAGGGAAAGUCCAGAAACAAUCUGACCCAGAAACCCUGCCAAAGUGUUGCCCUGUGUACUGUACUGUUGCACUGUACUUUUACAGAGAGAAAAGCUCCCUCUUAGAAGUUAGUUAAACUUAGUCUGUGUCCUCAUGGCAGUCCGAGUCUGGCCCAGGUUUGGCUCCGAUCCGGCCCAGUUCUCGUUCUGAUCUGGGCUAGGUUCGGUCCAGUGGUCACCGCCAUGAGGACCAGGAAACCUACACCAAAGUGCUGAACUGUUUUUGCUUGUACAUACUGCACAUUGUAUUUUUCCACUUAGAAUUAACAAUGUAUAUUGACUUUUUAAAGUGAUGACGUGGACGAGACAGUUUGUUUUAUACCUAUUUAAAUGAAACUGUGUGUUGAGAGGACUUUUGCAAGUGUGUAGGCGUGUGUCUGGUGCGAUGUUUUAGGUUUUACUCGUCUGUACUGGAUGUUGUGUACAGUUUGGUGGCCUUAUUGAAAAGACCGUUGUUCCUUUUUAAUGCCCAACAAGAUUUGCAGUUCGGUAGACGCUAUGGUCGUUAUGGUGACUGGAGGAAGGGUGGCACAUCUCACUGUGUGGUCUGGUGGUGAGAGAUAUUAUGAACACGUCAGAAAGUGUUUUUUGACCCUCACCCCGACCCUUACUGGGCACAAUAACAUCACAGUGCCCAAGGCACAAGUGGCACCCCAUGACUCCGGUGUGAUGUCAUAUGUGACAUGAUGCCGUAACGACCAGGUAGUUUUUUUUAGAGAAUGCACUUUGAAGUUGAUGACUGUGAUCACACACAAGCACACACACACGGGUACACACACGAGUGUCUCUCUCUGUGUGUGUUUGUAUGUGUACGUGUGAGUGUGUGUGUGUGUGUGUGUGUGAUGGGGAAGUGAAUGCUCUAAUGAGUAUCUAACCAUUCACCUCUCUUGCUUCUCAUGUUUGUACUGGAGAAUCUUUGUACUUCUCUGUGUUUUAUGUUUUCUUCCCUUGUUUCUGUUCUGGACCUAGAAAGAGAUUCAUGACUAAUGCCUCAGAAGAAGUCCACAUUGCGCUUAAUCUAACGUCUUCCUUACUGUCUUCUUUUUUCUUCAUUUCUUUCUGUAUGACGGCGUCUUGUUUUUCUACCGAAGUGAGUGUAUGACUUCCAUUUGAGCGGUGCUUUGAGAGUUCCAAGCACCUGACUGCUACUAGCCCUGUCCAAACCUCCUCUCUGUAGCAAACAUUCCACCUGGAAUGUUGAAAGGGCUUGUUUUGUAGUUGUAGCAAAAUUUUACUCACACCUCUUCCCCCUUAUCUCUCACACUCUUUUAACACACAUGCGCACAUGCACACAGAGGAAUACACGCUUCCUGUCAUUUAUAAUCCUUCUUCAUUAUAUGUUUGGACCAUAAUAUCUGACCCUCAUCCAUUGCAAAGGCAAACUUGUUCAGCCAAACUUGUGCAAAAGCAUCUCUGUAGAGCUUUUCUCUUUGUCAAAAAAAGCCCUAAGAAAUGACUCUAUGGCAUGUGUAUAGCUAAUAUGUGGAUAUGUACAGAAUGGAUGAUAUCUUAUUUUGCUUGACUUGUGUUGAAUGUGAAAACCUGUAAGAAGUGUACAUAGAGAAGUUGAAUGCUUUUUUUUUUUUUUUAACCCUUAUGUUGUCCUUGGGGUCAAUUUGACCCCAAGCAGUGUUUAACAUCAUAAAAUAUAUGGUUCACUUUUUUUGUUUUGCUUCAAGUUUCAUGACUUUUCCUUAUUUGAAGGGUACAACAGAGUAAACAUGAAAUUUGCACAAAAAUAUGUUUCCAAUGUCCUGUAAAAAAAAUAGUUACGUUGGUGGUAUUGGGGUCAAUUUGACCCCAUUUUUAUGAAACAUGAUGAAAAUGAAUAUUUGACAAAUUAUGGAUAUUAUUAUUGUAAUAGUAUGAGAACAUGUAGCUAUUAUCAUUAUUUCAUAUACAAGUACAUAUUACAUAUAAGUUAUUUUGGCAGGUCUGAAAAAGUCCAAAAAGUCAGCCUUUGGGCUGUUGACACUGGAUUGGCCAUAUUGCCAGUCAGGGUUCCAGGGUUCAUAAAGGGGUGUGGGGGGGUGGGAUUGUUUUGUAGGGCUUUUGAUAGUGGUUAUUACACUCUUGUUAAGUACCUACCACAAAAAAAAAUUGGGUAAAAAAAAUAAUUUUAAUCAUUUUUGAGAGUUUUUUGUAGCUGGGGUCAAAUUGACCCCAAGGACAACGAACGUCGUAAGAUUUUAGGACAACAUGAGGGUUAAGACAUGCUAUAAAGUGAACUAAUCGGGAAUUUUAAACUAGUGAUGAAAAGUAAUGGAGACUGUGAAGUAUGUAUCGUUUGAUUUUUCUGUAUACAAGUGCUUGGAAUGAAAAUAAAAAAUAACUACCCUA